AUGCAUAAACGGUCUACUGCGUCGACCAAAAACAGUCAGUUGUGGAGCAAUAAUUACGAACAUUUAGCAUUACACCCAUCGCCUCUCCCAGGUCAACUGGAAGAGAUGAUGACCAAUAAAAUCAAGAACGAUCCAUCACUACAGCAACAAAUAUCAGAUAUUGUGAAAUCAAACGAUAAUAAUAUUUCCGUUGCAGCUGAAUCGAUCGUCUCGCUAUUUACACCGGUGUUUCAAACAUUUAGUGACCGUCUUACCAGUCUUGAAGACAAAAUUGAUGACCUUGAAGGAUAUAAUCGAACGUGGUGUUUACGUUUUCACGGUUUUUAUGAAGAAAAAAAUGAAAAUAUCGUUGAAAAAAUUGCUUCAUUUACAAAUAAACAACUUGAAUUAUCCCCAACAGCUACUGAGAACUGUCACCGCAUCGGCCCAUUCAAGCAUGGUCAACAUCGUCCGAUCAUUGUACGUUAUGUUAGUCGGCCUACUCGUCAAGAAAGUCUUCGCUCAAUAUAUCGACUAAAACGAAAAAACUCCAAAAUUUUUGUUGUUGAAGAUUUAACAAAAAAACAUUAG